GCUAUUCAACGAUCAGACGAAGCAACUCAGCGAAAAGUUACCUUCACAUUGUUGAGAUUCGGUGAACUAUUCUCCCUCUUCCCGAGUGGACUAUUCCAUUGCAUAACUGAAUGUUGUCUUGGGUUAAUUAUAACAUCAUUAUAGUUAUGUUUCAAAGUUUUGAAACAAAUGUUCUUUUUCGGAUAGAAUUUAUUAAGAAAUUUGAUUUAUGAGAAUAACAUCAACAGAGAUAUUGUGAAAAAUAUUGUCAAAGUUUAGGCAUGCUCAGAAAAAUACGGAGAUUUCGUCGACCUUUGGUUGCCAUCUUUACAAUUGUAAUUUUGGCUCUAAUAAGUGGAAGAGAUUUUUAUUACUUCAACACGGACAUAGCAGCAGACAGGGUAUCGAGGUUGCUGAAGGAGUCUCGUCAAACGUCAACCAGCCGGCCUCUUGUACCGAGCAGUAAACCUCCGACCAGAUACUCACAGGCGAGCGGCUUCAAGUCGUUGAACAGCUCUCUUCUAGAGAACGUGUCCUCAAUUCCAAAGCAAGUGCUUUUGUUAAUGCUGGUCUCACGUAAGAUCCAGGCUGAGAAAUUAGCGCGAAACUCUUCGGUGAAAAUUGUUGGCAAAUAUUUUAAUGUUACAAGCACCUCAAAUACAAGUUACGUCAAUUCAGUUAGGACGGCGUCUGCUAAUGAGACCACGAUGAGUUCUUCUACAUCAGUUCCUUUUGAAAGAUUUUGGAAGAACUUGACAGAUACUUCGUUUUAUGAUCCUUACAUAAAGGUUGUUACAGAUAGUAAAUCAAGUUGUCAUAACGCCAGUUCCUAUGACGCUAUAAUGGCGGUGCACACAGCACCAAACAAUACUGAGAAAAGAAGUACGUUCAGGUGGCUGUAUUCAGACUACCAGAAGACUGCCCCUUACAAGAUCAAGGUGCUGUUCUUCAUGGGUCUAGUGAGUAAUUUCACGCUUCAGUCCGAGAUUAUCAAAGAGAACCAACAGUAUGGAGACCUUGUCCAGGGCAGUUUUGUGGACUCUUACAGGAACCUGACGUUCAAGGCGAUCUUCGUAUACAAAUGGCUGGACGAUCACUGCCGAGGUCUCAAGCUGUUGUUACGUCUUGACGAUGACGUCUUCACUGACGUACAUCACGUCUUUGACGUCUGGAACAAGCAUGGCCGAGGCAAAGAAGGCGUCGUCCUGUGCGACUCGGUGAUCUACGACAAGGUCAGAAGGAGUGGGAAGUGGAGAGUCACGCAGUCGGAGAUACAGGAGGACCUGUACAACUUUAACCACUGCAUGGGCUAUUUCGCUGUCCUCAGCCCUGACCUGGUGCACAAGAUGGACCAGGCUGGAAGGAGGACCCUGUUCUUCUGGAUUGAUGACGUUUUCACCUACGGCUUUGUAGCCAACAAAGUAGGAGCGAAGUUUAUCAAUAUCUACCGCGAAACCUCCAGGGGGAAAGAAGAAAGACUCUUGCAAUGUCUUCAGAGUCAAGGCCAAAAGUGCGGCUUGAUGGCGUUCAUUGCACAGCCGGCCACUUUCUACAUCCUCUACUCUUACCUCCACAACCAAACUCAGACUCUUUCUGUCAGCUCAACAACAAAAAACUUAGACAAGAAAACACUAACAACCCAGCUUCACGGAAUCACUUUAUCUACUAAAACAAAAGGGAUGAAGGAAAAACUCAAAACUCAACUUAAAAAUGUUACUUCUAUCCCUAGCCAUAUAAAAGAGAAAUUAAUAAAUGUCAAAGAACAGAAAAGAAUAUUGAGUCCUGGAUAGUUGAAAAUCAGAAAUUUCAAGUUUUUUUUAAAAUCAUAUUUGUCAAACCUAUAGCGAAGUAAUCAAGCGGAUCGCCAUAAGAGGACAGGCGACAGAUUUUGUA